AUGACACAAGAAGAGUGUUGCACCCGGCUCGACUACGAGCUCCAAUCAUCUUCCGGAAAUGUUUCCGACGAAGAUGGAGUUAUCAUCAGAAAGGACAGGUCGAGUGUUAAGGAUAUGAUUCUUCGGUUUGAAAGGAGCAACUUAAACAAUUUCGGUGGAUCUCGAGAGUCGAUAGAUAAGUGCAAAUCACCUUUGGGAAGUUUAACAAAUGUGGCUAAUCCUAUACAAACCCAUUUCCCGCACUUGUAUCCCGUGGCGAAGUCUCAAGAUAGAAAUUCGAAUAUAUCUGUGAAUUCAAUUUUAUCAAAUACAUCAGAACGUAGUUACGAAUCUAGUUCUUCAGGUUUUAUUUCGGACCGGAAACCAGGAGAUGUAAUUGUACCACAUAGACCUGCACCACCGCCACCACCACCACCGGACCAAUUUAAGGAUGACCCUACACCGGACGGACCGGAAACGGAGGAAAGGGAGUCACCUGUUCUAGAAGAAACUAACUUUGUAGAAAGGCGUUAUUCCUUUGCCACACCAAAUUCAUCGCCAGUGGUUACGAGACGAUCUCGACAACCACCUGUUAUGAGGAAAAAAUCUAAUGCAAGUCAAGGACAUCCUGGGGAGACGCAUUGGUCUUAUGGAGUUAAGCAGAGUGAUCUAGAAAAAUUGUUAAGACUUAAGCGAUCAGACCCAUCAGACAAUGAGGAAGAGUUGCCAAGUCAAGAGAACAAUGAUGAAUCCACAGACGAUAGUUCGGACAGUAGUAGUGAUUCCAGUGACAAUUUGAGUAAUGGCAAGGAGUAUGUAGUGAACAUAGAUGACGGUGCAGCGGAGACGCUGUCUACCGAUCAUUCUACAGACACUUUGAUAAACGAAGAAAAUAGUGAUGAAAUAAGUGAACGAGGAGACGACGCGUCAGUCUCCUCUGGUGACUUUGGUGAUCGUGCUAAUUAUGACAAUGUUAGUAUUAAGUCGAUAUCGUCCUUCGAUAUGGUUCCGUACCAGAAGUACGACAGUAUUACUGUAUCUUCAGACGAGUUCGGCUCCGAGGUAUGCCAUGCCCGGACUCGGAGUUCCUUACUGUGAGUGCAGUGAACGAAUGGUGUAUUUCCAAGUCUACGGAACCGGUAUUGAUGCCGGUGGAAUCGAAAAAGGAGAAAUAUCGCAGACGACUCACAGAACGAGUGAACGAGCUGGUUCAUACGGAGAACGUCUACGUGGAAAGGUUGAGACACGUGGUAGAAGACUAUAUGCCCAACAUGAGAAGAUCAGACAUAUCCCCCUACUUCCGAGCGUUGGAGGCAGACAUCUUCGGCAAUAUUGAGAAGAUCUUCAGGUUUCAUUCUGAAGAGUUCCUCCCUGCUUUACGAGACUGUGAAAAUGAUCUUCGGAAGCUGGGACAGUGUUUUAGGCAUUACGAAAAGAGAUUCAAUAUGUACGUAAUGUACUCUAGGAAUAAUAAGAGAGCGACGAGACUGGUAUUCGAACACAAACAGUUUUUCCAGGGAAUACAAUUAGAAUUAGGUGAUCGAUUAGAUCUGUCCAGUUACCUACUUGAGCCUGUGCAAAGGUUACCCAGGUACAAGUUGUUCUUGGCCGAUUUAGUAAAAACUUACUCAAAUUAUGAAAAUGAGAGGAGUGAAACCGAGUCGAGGAUAUCGAAGCUGAGUGUGGACAGCGACGAGACUGGCGGCAGCAACGGAGAGUCUUCUGACAACGAUGAGACUCCUCUGGAAAGUCUGAAGCUCGCGAAGACCACAGUUGAAUGUGUUUUAACGGCCGUCGACGAGAUUAUGGCACUGGAAAAUAUUACAGAUUGUCCGUUAUAUUUGAACCUGCUGCACCAGGGCCGCUUGCUGCGACAGAACGAGUUCUACGUGAUGGACACUGCGCGCCGCCGCCGACAACUAAUGAGGGUAUUCCUCUUCGACAAGCUCGUACUCAUCACUGUAGUGUAUAGAAAGCAACCGAGGGUUGAGUACUUCAUAUACAAGGAUGACAUACCGGUGGAUGACCUGGGGAUAACGGCGAAGGAGCAUGAUCAGCACAAGUUCACGAUCUGGUACAAGAAGAGGAACCUCAAGUCCUACAAGUUGGAGACCAGUGAUCCGGCGAUACGGAACGCAUGGGUCGAGGGCAUCACGUCACUGCUGUGGGAGCAAGCUAUGCAGAAGAAAGAACUUCUCCUGCAGCAGCGUAACAAGCGGAUAUCAAUGGUGUCCAUGAACAGCGAGGAGUCAGCAGAAUCAGAGAGAAACGAUGACAAAUAUAAUUCUCUGCGAGGAGUGCCAGGAGAGGUCAAGAGGUUAAUCGCUGAUAAGAAAGUAAGAAGAACUACCUGGUACUGUGAAUGA